CGAGGAGUGGAUAUUAGUGCUAGAAGAAGUUUGUCGGUGGGGACAACCAUCUUUGAUAAGGACUACAUUUACUUCACUCCUCAUGUUUUGUGAGAUUACAGAACCUCACUCUCUGUUUGAUAAAUUCUGGGAAGAAAUGGCAGAUGAUAUAGCAUAUCGAGCUAGACUCCAAAAUUCUUCCAGGUACUUUGUCCCGCCAUCAAGUUCCUUGAGAAACUCUGUACUUAUAGAGCUGCAAAGACUUCUGAGCUAUUAUUCUACUACACUGCAAAAUGUCGGUCUGCCGACUCCACAAUUGGAUGACUCAGAUAGGCUGCAAAAUAGUCUCAUUGCAGAGCAACUUGACUAUGACAUUAACGAACAAAGAAGAAUAGCAGAGACAGGUUUGGCGUCACUUAAUGAAAAUCAAAGAUAUGCAUAUGAUGCUGUAAUCGACUCAGUCUGCAACGAGAAGGGAUAUUUGUUCUUCUUAUAUGGAUAUGGAGGAACAGGAAAGACAUUCCUAUAUGAUACCCUCACUGCAAAGUUGAGAAGCAUGAACAAAAUCGUCCUGGUAGUUGCGUCCUCAGGAAUAGCUGCAACACUACUACCUGAUGCAAUAACAGCACAUUCAAGAUUUAAAAUUCCACUAGAGAUCGACAGAACUUCGACUUGCAUGAUUAAGAAGGGAUCACAUCUUGCUCAACUAAUCGAGGAAGCAGCACUCAUCGUUUGGGAUGAAGCUCCAAUGACCCAUCGAUUCUCUUUCGAGGCAGUGGAUAGAUCAUUUUGCGACGUCAUGAAUUGCCCAAUAAGUGGAGAUGGCUACAAGCCAUUCGGCGGAAAGUGUGUACUUCUAGGAGGUGAUUUCAGACAAACAUUACCAGUUGUAGUUGAGGGUGGCCGUGAAGAAAGUAUCGAUUCUUCUUUAACAAGAUCGCAUCUUUGGAAAUAUUUCAAGGUAUUACCCUUGACAGUCAACAUGCGCAUCAACGCAACCCUCAACAACCUACAGCGCAUUUAUGAUGGAAAGGAUUUUGCAAGCUGGGUUCUAGCUAUCGGAGAUGGAAGGAUAAAGCGCACAACAUUCACGUCAUCUGUUUACACCGAUUGGAUAAAAAUCCCAGAUAAGUUCAUCAUCCCACAUAUAGGAAAUAAGAUUCAAGCAAUUACUGAUACUGUCUAUAAUGAUUUUGGUUCUUACUAUGACAAUCCCAAUUACAUUAAGAAUCGAGCUAUAGUGACGCCGACGAAUCGCACUGUUUCAGAGAUAAAUGCAUAUAUGUUGGCUAAAGUAAGGGGACAAGGAAAAUUGUACUACAGCUCUGAUUCAAUUGAGGACGACUCGCCAAACAGUAUACGGCUUGAAGAAGAAUAUCCAACUGAGUUCUUAAAUGGAUUAUCCUUCAACGGUGUGCCAGAACAUGAGAUACAUUUGAAGGUCUCAACUCCGAUCAUCCUGCUUCGAAAUUUGAAUCCAGGUAUUGGACUGUGUAAUGGGACAAGGAUCAUGAUUACACAUUUGGGAGAAAAUAUUAUUCGAGGUGAUAUCAUUGGAGGAAAGUACGACAAGAAAACAGUUAUCAUACCGAGGAUUGUGCUUAACGUUACAGAACAUCGAUGGCCAUUUGUCUUGAAGAGGAGACAAUUUCCAGUAAGGGUCUGCUAUGCAAUGACAAUCAACAAGAGCCAAGGACAAACUCUGGAUACAGUUGGGGUUUACUUGCCUAAGCCGGUGUUUAGUCAUGGUCAGUUAUAUGUCGCAGUUUCACGAGUUCGAUCGGCCGACGGAUUGCAUAUACUGAUUGCCAAUGAAGCAGAAAUUCCGCAUAACUUCACAAGAAAUAUUGUAUACGAAGAAACUUUUACAGAUAUAGAUGAGAGAACUCAAGCACCUACAGGGGAAAGGGACAUUGAAUGAACACAAGGUGGAUAAUACGCUCCGGCACACUACAUCUUAUCUAUUAAAAGAUACCCAAAUCAUUAAGCUUUGUUGGGUAUGUGAUUUAUUCCAGGAAGGACAUGAGGCAGUAUCGGCUAAGAUAAUGAAUCAACGAAAAUCAAGACGCCCAGGAGAAGAAGAUCAUCAAGUCCUACUCGCCUAUGUACUCUAUAGCUACAAUAAUUUCUAAUAAGUCAA